AUGACCAGGGCACAACUGGCGGAGGAAAAUUUAAAGAUCCAGCAGGACGCCUACGCUCAAACGGUUGUAUCACACGAUCGCAUUAAUCAAAUGCAGCAUCACAUUAACACGUUGAAAUCGCAGAAAAACCAGCUGUGCGAGGAGAAGAUCCAGAUGCAAACCCAUAUCAAUCAGAUGCAGGCUUGGUGUGCCCAGGGGGAAGAACCCACGGGACUGCCAGUUCAGCCGGCUACGGCAGAGGGUAACAACGACUUUAGUCCACAGGCUUUUCACACCCCGGCACCUACUGCCAAGAUGGGUGGGCAUGCCGAACGGCCAUUUAUGGAGUUGGGGGUUCUCGCCCAGGUGGGUUUGCGAGGAAUUCAAGAGCUGAAGAAUAAGUUUGUGGAAAAGGGCUUUCGACCUAAGAAAAAUACCCGGACCUGUGAGGGCGCCUCGGGGUAUUUAUUGGAGGCCCCGCCGGGAGAGCCACUGGUGGCUUAUCGCGUUGUUUUCCUAUUGCCCAUGAAGCCUGGAUUUGAGCUCUGCCAGACGUGGGGCAAUUUUUUGGCAUGA